UCAAGUAGGUUAGCAUUUUGUUCUUGAUGUCGAAAACGAGUGAUAUCUUAUUUCGUGGUUUAAAAUAAGGCAGCUUUUGUGGAAAUUUUUUUGUCAGUUUCUAAUCGAUCAGUACAGAAAUUCCCCUUCAACUUGAAAAAAUUUGAAGAAAAUUUUCACAAAAUGAUCUUUGGUCACCUUUAUGAUUUCUUUUUCUCUAGUAAUCUAAAUUUUAAGUAUAUCAUUUCCUCAACUACAACAUGUUGCACAACAACUUAAGAUACAGUUGCAUAAAGUGUGCAAAAUAACAAAAUAGUGUAUUCUUGUAGUUCCCAGGGACUGUUUAGUUUAACUUUAUCACUUUCAUUAUAUUACAUCACACAAGACUUCUCCUUCUCAAUAUUAAUUUCAUAUUUUUCCAUUGUUUUAACGGCAUCUGAGCAUGAGCUGCAGCCAGUUGGCGGAAGAUGUGAACAUGUUAGCUGUUGCAAUCAGUUUGUGAGGAAUCUCACGCAGAAACCAAAAAUGAUAAGCAUGUCGGAGAUCUUGUCUUUCUCAACGUGCGGUGCCAUGUCAACAAGAUGUCUCUUUGAUGAGGUCUCUACUAUAUUGCAAAACAAAACUGAAGAAAACAGGAAAUCUGAAAUGGAUUCUAUGGUCAGUUUGAUGUUUGAGCUGUUUAUGGUGUUGCUGUUUGGUGUGAAGUGGGUUUGCUGUCAUUUUCCAUUUGAGAGAUGCGCUGAAAUGGAGCUUCGUCAGACUUGCAGUUCAACAUCAUACUUCAAUGUGUUAUUUCCCUAUGUUUGUGUCCGUGCAGUGUUGAGCUGUUGGGCAAAACAGUCAUUGUUGUCUGAUGGCUGUCGAGGUAUAUUUUAUCCGCUGCAUUUUGUCAAUAUGUCGUCUCUUGCUACCUGUACCUGCCUGUACGUUGAGGUAGUGCUUGAUGAACAGUAUCAUUUAGUUUUUCAGUCGUUAUUGCAGCCCAAGCUGGUGAAAGAUCUUUUUGCAUCAAGUAAAUCUGACUGUUUUUUUGUGUUGUUGGAGUGUUACGGAAGUUGCGUCAUUAUUGUGUAGUAUUGUCAUUGUGACUACAGUUCACCGUUUAUAAUUAAGGAAGGGGAAAAAAAACAUAAUUAUGGGGAAUUUAUGUCAAACAAAUAAUAAACUUGCUUUCGGGAUUGGGAAAGGAAUGUGGAGGUUGUCAGGUGGCAGGGUGGUGAUUUGAAUUUACAUAUCUCAAAAUAUAAUGAGAUAUGUUAAAAUAUACU